GUUUUACACGGGCAGCAAACAAAGCCUGCCCGUUAAUAUUUGUUUGACAAGCCUCCCCUCCCGCUUGCCCAUUUCAUUCGAAAUACAUUAAUCCACCUCCGUUUAAUCUGAGCACCCCUCUCUCUCUAUAUAUACACACACAUACACACAAACUACACCGAUUCAUACAUUUAUUUCUACUCUGCGUUCACUUCCAAGAGCUCCGAUUGGGUUUCGAUUCACUUCAGCUUACUACUUUUCAGCAUACCGAAGAAAUGGCUAUGGAUAUUACCCAGUUUCUUCUAUCUGCUCAGUCGGCAAAUGCAGUGGAACGUACUGAUGCAGAGAGCAAAUUGAAACAGUUUCAGGAGCAAAACCGACCAUCUUUUCUUUUAUCCUUGUCAGUUGAACUGUCGACUGAUGGAAAGCCAACUGAGAGUCGCAGCCUAGCUGGUAUCAUCCUGAAGAACUCACUGGAUGCUAAAGAUGCAGCUAUGAAAGAAUACCUUGUUCAGCAGUGGGGUGGCACUGACACAACCUAUAAAUCCCAAAUCAAAAGUUUGCUCCUGAAUACUCUGGGAUCUGCAGUCCAUGAAGCAAGGCAUGCUGCUUCUCAAGUUAUAGCAAAAAUAGCAUCAAUUGAAAUUCCGCAAAAGGCGUGGCCUGAACUUGUUGGAUCAUUGCUUUUGAAUAUGACUGAGCAAGAUAAACCUGCAACUUUAAAACAGGCAACACUAGAAACACUGGGAUAUGUUUGUGAGGAAAUAUCCCAUAAUGAUCUUGUGCAAGAUGAAGUUAACUCUGUGCUUACUGCUGUAGUUCAGGGAAUGAAUGGAGCUGAGCAAAGCGUAAACGUUCGCCUUGCAGCUACAAGGGCAUUAAACAAUGCCCUGGAUUUUGCACAGACUAACUUUCAAAAUGAGAUGGAGCGGAAUUUCAUUAUGAAGGUUGUUUGUGAGACAGCCAUGGCAGAAGAGACUCUAAUUAGACAGGCUGCUUUUGAGUGUCUUGUUUCAAUAGCAUCAAUGUACUAUGAUGUGCUUGAACCUUAUAUGCAGACAAUCUUUCAGCUAACUGCUAAUGCAGUUAAAGGAGAUGAGGAAGGUGUUGCCCUUCAAGCAAUUGAGUUUUGGAGCUCUAUAUGCGAUGAAGAGAUUGAGCUUCAAGAUUAUGAGGUUCCUGAUAGUGGUGAUUCUGAAGUGCCUCACUCCCGCUUCAUUGAGAAGGCUUUGUCAUCUCUAGUUCCUAUGUUGCUAGAAACCUUACUCAAGCAGGAUGAGGACCAGGACCAGGAUGAUGGGAUUUGGAAUCUUGCUAUGGCUGGUGGUACAUGUCUUGGUCUUGUGGCCAGGACUGUUGGGGAUGCUAUAGUACCACUUGUAAUGCCCUUUGUUGAGUCGAACAUAUCGAAACCUGAUUGGCGGUCUCGUGAAGCGGCUACAUAUGCCUUUGGGUCAAUACUUGAAGGCCCAAGCAUUGAGAAACUCUCCCCCAUGGUCAAUACAGGAUUGGUGUUUCUACUUCAUGCCAUGAAAGAUGAAAACAGUCAUGUAAAGGACACAACUGCAUGGACUCUUAGUCGUAUAUUUGAGUUAUUGCACUCCCCUGCUACUGGAUUUUCUGUGAUUACUCAAGCAAACCUCCCACAAGUUAUUGAGGUGUUGUUGGGGAGCUUAAGGGAUGCUCCUCAUAUAUCUGAGAAGGUAUGUGGAGCUAUCUACUACCUUGCGCAGGGUUAUGAGGAUGCUGGUACAAGUUCCUCUUUGCUUACACGUCAUCUUUUAGACAUUAUAAAGUGUCUUGUUGAAACUGCUGAUAGAACUGAUGGAGGAGACUCCAAGCUUAGAACUUCUGCGUAUGAGACCUUGAAUGAGGUGGUUAGAUGUUCUGAUCUUGCACAAUCUUCACAAAUUAUUGCACAACUUCUGCCUGCUAUUAUGUCUAAGUUGGCAAAGACUGCUGAACUCCAAAUUGGAUCAUCAGAUGAUAGGGAAAAGCAAGGAGAUUUGCAAGCUUCUCUUUGUGGUGUGCUUCAAGUAAUUAUCCAGAAGCUUGGUGGUGCUGAGGAGACAAAAUCUGUUAUACUGCAGGCGGCCGACCAGAUAAUGAUGCUGUUCCUUAUGGUUUUUGGUUGCCGUAGCUCUACAGUACAUGAAGAAGCUAUGCUUGCCAUAGGUGCUUUGGCUUACGCAACUGGACCGCAGUUUGUGAAGUAUAUGCAGGAAUUUUACAAGUAUUUGGAAAUGGGUCUGCAGAAUUUUGAGGAAUACCAGGUCUGUUCAAUCUCAGUUGGUGUUGUUGGUGACAUUUGCCGUGCUUUGGAUGACAAGGUUUUGCCAUACUGUGAUGGAAUCAUGACGCUUCUCCUAAAGGAUCUGUCUAGCGGUGAACUACACCGUUCUGUGAAGCCGCCCAUAUUCUCAUGUUUUGGGGAUAUUGCUCUUGCUAUUGGAGAACACUUUGAGAAGUACUUUCAGUUUGUGGUGCAAAUGAUGCAGGGAGCUGCAGAGGUUUGUGCAAAGUUGGACAACACAGAUGAGGAGAUGAUGGAAUAUGGCAAUCAGCUCAGGCGCAGUAUAUUUGAGGCCUAUUCUGGUAUAUUGCAAGGAUUCAAGAAUACCAAGGCUGAUUUGAUAUUGCCCCAUGCUCCACAUGUGCUACAGUUCAUAGCAUUAGUAUCAAAAGACCAACCAAGGGAUGAAACUGUGAUCAAAGCAGCCGUUGCUGCGCUGGGUGAUCUAGCAGAUGCACUUGGCCCAAAAUUGAAGAUGCUUUUCCAGGAGCAUUCCAUCUGGAUCGAUGAAUUAUUAAGAGAGUUUCUUCAAUCUGACGAUGAGCAACUGAAAGAAGCUGGACUUUGGACCCAAGGGAUGAUUGGACGUGCCCUUUAAUCUGGGUGAAGUCGUUAUAUGUUUGCUUUGUUCAUUAGAAAGUCCUCUUCUCUAUCCCUGCUUCAUCUUAGAAACCUAUAUAUGCUUCUGGUCUAGUAUCAUUCAGCUGUAAGUUUUCGAUCCGUUUCUAUGGGGUCAAAGUUAAACUGUAAUGGUUAUAUUGUAAGCAUAAAGGUCACUAAAUGUCGGUGGUCUUCUUUUGUCGGGAACGGUAGUUUAUGCAAUAGUGAUUGGUCGGUUCUUGAACGUCAAUUAUUUGCUUUCAUCUUAUACCAACUGCAGAUACAACUGCAGAUUCAUUAAUUUAAUGCAAAUCUUGUUUACAGACCCA